UGGGCGGGAGCGUCAGAGGCGGGAAGGUAAGGAGAAGUUGUCAUCCUGUAAAGGUAGGCUAUAAAAUGUAAGAUUGGAAAACGGAGUCCAUUCAUAGGCACGAACAUUUUGGAAGGAGCUGCGUUUUCAUUGAGUGAGGAAAGAUACACUCGGUACAAGAGGAACAGUGUGCGGAGCGACCAUGGGCCAACUCACAUCCAAAUCCGCCUCGGACGCAGCGGAAUCGAACACCGUCCCCGGCAUCCGUUUCACGUCUCACGGAGACCCCCCCCCACCCCACAGCUCCCCCCGGACGGACCCCGGGGACAGCGGGCCCAACCUUCAGAUCCCCGGCACGGGGGGGGGCGACUCGGAGAGGCAGGAGAUGAGGCGGUCGUCCAUCUACAGCACCAUCGACAUGGUGCCCAAGCUGGACUUCUACGCAGGCUCGCUGUCGCCCAGGCACGUCAGACCCAGCCUGGAGACCCUCCGCAGGCCCACGCCCUUCGACGACGGGGUGUGGGUUAAUAACUCUGAGCUGAGCAUCCCGGACGUCCUUGAGACGGAGGGGACAGAGCCGCCAGCCGGCCAAAAGGCUCCAGUACGCUUCGGCUGGGUGGUGGGCGUGAUGGUUCGUUGCAUGCUGAACAUUUGGGGAGUCAUCCUGUUUCUGCGUCUGUCCUGGAUCACAUCCGAGGCGGGAAUCUUGUUGACCUGCGUCAUCAUCCUCCUCUCCGUGGUCAUCACCUCCGUCACCGCCCUCUCCGUCUCCGCCAUCGCCACCAACGGAAGGGUCAACUCGGGUGGAGCGUACUUCAUGAUCUCGCGGACGCUGGGACCUGAGAUGGGCGGGCCUAUCGGCGUGGUGUUCUCGUUCGCCAACGCCCUGGCCUGUGCGCUCAACACUGUGGGCUUUGCUGAGGUCAUCCGCGACCUGCUGCAGGAGUUUGGCCUCGGCAUGGUGGAUGCCGAGAAUGAUGUGCGGAUCAUUGGGGUCAUCACAGUGUCGUUCCUUCUCCUCAUCUCGCUGGCCGGGAUGGAAUGGGAAGCCAAGGCCCAGAUCCUCUUCUUCGUCAUCCUCCUCAUCUCCUUCGCAAACUACUUUGUUGGCACUCUGAUCCCCCCUGAUGAAGAAAAACGAUCCAAAGGCAUCUUUGGCUACAGAGGUGAGAUCUUUAGCGAUAACUUAAUGUCGAAAUAUACAAACGGCAACGACUUCUUCGCGGUGUUUGCCAUCUUCUUCCCCUCGGCCAUCGGUAUUCUGUCAGGGGUCAACAUAUCUGGAGACCUCAAGGAUCCAGCGACGGCCAUCCCUAAAGGCACCCUGGGGGCCAUCUUCCUCACCACGCUCUCGUACCUGGGCAUCUGCGUCACAAUCGGCUCUGUGGUCGUCCGGGAGGCGUCGGGGAACGUCACCGACGUCCUGCUGGGAAACUCCACCGACGGUUGUAAGGGCGUCGCCUGCCAACUGGGCUGGAACUUCACCGACUGUAUGGAUGCCGUCGGGGCGGAUGGCUGUCAGUAUGGCCUGGCCCACAGUCCAAAGGUUCUGGGUCAGGUGUCCGGCUUCAAUUAUCUCAUCACGGCUGGCGUCUUCGCGGCCAGCUUGUCCUCUGCCCUUGGCUUUCUUGUGUCGGCCCCCAAGGUCUUUCAGUGUUUGUGCAGAGACAACAUCUACCCAUACAUCGGGUUCUUUGCGAAGGGUUACGGGAAGAACGACGAACCACUGCGAGCCUACCUGCUUUGCUACGUCAUCGCCAUCGCCUUCAUCCUGAUUGCGCAGCUCAACAUCAUCGCGGCCCUGAUCUCCAACUUCUUCCUCUGCUCUUACGCCCUCAUCAACUUCAGCUGCUUUCAUGCCUCCAUCACCAACUCGCCCGGCUGGAGGCCGUCGUUCCACUACUACAGCAAAUGGACGGCGUUGGUCGGGGCCAUGAUCUCUGUGGGGCUGAUGUUUGCCUUCUCCUGGAGGGUCGCGGUGGCGACCGUCUGCAUCAUCCUCUUCCUGUUUGCCUACGUGGCCUACAACAAGCCUCAGGUGAACUGGGGCACGUCGCUGCAGGCUGGCCGUUACAACAUCGCACUGUCCUACUCCGUGGCUCUGUCCCGCGUGGAAGACCACGUCAAAAACUUCCGACCUCAGUGUCUGGUCCUGACGGGUCCCCCCAACCAGAGGCCGGCCCUGGUGGACUUUGUGGGCGCCUUCACCAAACACAUCAGCCUCAUGAUCUGUGGGGACGUCCUCAUGGCAUCGGAGGGACAGUCUCGGGUCGCCACGGAAACCGACGGUAUGGUCAAGUGGUUGAACAAGAGGAAGGUGCGUUCGUUUUACACGCCCUUCGACAGCGACAGCCUCCGAGGUGGGACCCGACAGCUCAUGCAGGCGGCUGGGCUGGGCAAGCUGAAACCCAACACCUUGGUCCUGGGGUUCAAGACCGGCUGGAGAGAGGCUUCUGAAGAGAGCCUGGUGGAUUACGUCAACACCAUCUACGAUACGUUUGACUCCAACCACUGCGUGAUACUCCUGAGAAUGAUGGACGGACUGGAUGUGUCCGACCAUUUCGGUUAUGAAGUGAACCAGUGCUUUGUGCCAGAUAACCCUGACCAAACAGAUCCGUCCAUCACAACAACCCAGGAAGCCACAGGGGACGCCACCGGCGAGAGAAUGUCCAGCCAGCAGGUGAGGACGGCGUUCCAGAACAACCAGGGCAAGAAGACCAUCGACGUCUACUGGAUCUCCGACGACGGAGGUCUGACGCUGCUGGUGCCCUACCUCCUGACCCGGAGGAAGAACUGGGGGCAGAGCAAGGUCCGCGUCUUCAUCCUCGGGGACGAGCAGAACAUGGAGGAAGGGCGCCAGGAAAUGAUCUCUCUGCUGAAGAGGUUCCGUCUGGACUUCCACGACGUCAUUGUGAUGACGGACAGCGAGAGGACGCCUCAGCCCAAAAACCUGAAGAGGUUUGAGGACAUCGUCGCCCCCUAUAGGCUGAAUGAGGAACAGCAGGACGGCGCCUCGGAAAGCGAACUGAAGACUCUCUGUCCGUUGAAGAUAUCUGACAAGGAGAUGGAAGCCCUCCGAACCAAGUCCAACACAAAAGUAAGAUUGAACGAAAUUAUCCGGAGAAAUUCUGAACACGCCGCCCUGGUCUUAGUGAGCCUGCCCGUGCCUCAGACCGACUGCCCCAUGUCGCUCUACAUGGCCUGGCUGGAAGCCUUGACGUCCGGCCUCCACUGUCCUGUUGUCCUGAUACGAGGAAACCAGCAGAACGUGCUCACGUUCUACUGCCAGUGAAUUCCAUUACUCGUCAGCACAGGGGCGGUUCUAGGGGGUCGGGAAGGGGGGGCAGUGCCCCCCUCUAAAAGUUUUUUUUCUUUUCACCUCCGUCCGGACGGGGGUCGAUUGCUUGCGAUGGUGUGGCACUGACGCACAAGGUGGAACUUGAGAUUUAUUAUAUUUAUUAUUUACUAAUUUUAUUGCUGUUGGUGAUGUAUGAUACUGAGUGGUUUGACGUCAGUGAAGGAAACCCAAAAUGUUGUAAUAUUGACAAUUGCUUUAACCAAUGAAACAUUUCAAAUGUAUAAUACUGACAAUUGCUGUAACUGAAGGAAACACUUUUACUAUGCUACUGAAAUGAAUGCAGUAACGGGAAAAAGGCAAUUAUUGUAUAUUGUGUUUUCGAAUGCCGUUAUUUUUUCUGCCAGUGAAUUAUAAUGUCAACAUUCUACUGCCAGUGAAUUAUACUGCUAACCAAUUCACACGCCAGUAAAAAUAUUAUUUUUUAAUAAACAAAAGCCAAAAGCCACGUAUGAUUAACAAUGUUUUUGAAAUGUUUUAGAAAUGUAAUAUAACAUACAGGAAGUAUGAAGUUGUGAUAUGUAACCUCUUAAAUUAUGGUAUGAGCAGGAACAGUGAGGUGAUGGCUGUUUUUCACAUUGAAAAGUAACUUAUAAUUAUUAGCUUAUAGCUUAUUAAUAGCUAAGAUUGAUUACUGAAACUUGAUUACUUAGGUGUUAUACAGGCCUACCAUGUUUGCUCAUUCUCUGUACAACGGCUGCUUUCUCUAUUAAACUAAAUCGUUUCUCACUUCCUUUGUAAUGUACAACGUUAUGAAAUGGUUUCAUACA